GGACGUGGAUGGGCACCCACAAUCGCCCAUAUUGAACAAUAUCUCUGAAGUUUAAGGAGCUAAGGUUGAAACCAAAAGACCAAAAUUCUUGGAUUUUUUCGCGUUAAAAGUUGGGCAAUUGUGCAAAUAUUCUUCACUUGCGCGCUUUUAAGCUUUAAUGUUAAACUAGUUUUUGCCUUUGCAUGCGUCUCUCACGGCUGCGGUUCUGCAGCGUGUUCGCUUCAAUUGAGAAGUUGUGCUGAAAUUAAUUUGAACACAGAAGAAGAAGAAGGAGUUUACACAGUUAUGGCAAAAAUGGUUUCUAGAACAGUGGAUCUCCGGUCUGACACAGUCACCAAACCAACUGAAUCGAUGCGGGCAGCUAUGGCAGCUGCUGAUGUUGACGAUGAUGUUUUCGGCCAUGACCCAACUGCUUUACGGUUGGAAACAGAAAUGGCAAGGAUAACGGGCAAGGAGGCUGCCCUGUUUGUUCCCUCAGGCACAAUGGGCAAUCUAAUUAGUGUUCUUGUUCAUUGUGACAUUAGGGGAAAUGAAGUCAUUCUUGGAGACAAUGCCCAUAUACAUAUUUAUGAGAAUGGUGGUAUUUCAACAAUUGGAGGUGUACAUCCUAGACCUGUGAAGAACAACCAAGAUGGAACAAUGGAUAUUGAUUUGAUUGAAGCUGCCAUUAGAGACCCCAGAGAGGUUCUUUACUACCCUACUACAAGGCUUAUCUGCUUGGAGAAUACACAUGCAAAGUAA